AUGACCCAACCUCCCCUACUUCGUGACAAACUGUGCCAGCUCGGGGUAGAUGUCGCUGAUGCCGAACAGCACUCGCAACGGAUGGAGAAAGAAGGCACGACUCUUAAUCCCGUAUUCCAUCUUGGCCUGCUGACGUGCAUCUCUGUGGAAGAUUUGAGCAGGCUUGGGCACGCUGAACUGAAAGAGCUCGGCGUUACAAAGAUGGGAGACCGACUCAAGAUCAUAACCGGCUUGCAGGAUGAGAGAACUCCUCACGAGCAAACCGCCGUUAUGCCUCCCUUUUCGUUCCCGUACUGCGCCAAUCACCUAGGCGUUCCGGCCACGCACCAGUGUGUCCAGCGCAAUUGCAGAAGGAACUUUUGCAUCGCGUGCGUGUCCGUCGCGCCAACCAUGCACGCCGCGGGGCAGUUCUUCUGGUGCCACGAGUGCAGGGACCGCGUAAAGGCGGCCGCGCUCAUUGAUUGUGAGCGGUGCGCACUGUUUUAA